UUUCAUAUAUUCCGUGGAAACUUCGUCUGUUUCGAGUCAGGGGGUGCUCGCUCUUGAGUUUUAAGCUCUCGUCUCGCAGUGAGAUGUCCCAUUCUGCCGUUGCGAUUCUUGGCUAGAAAUAUGGCGUCCGGAAACUUGUUUCGUUUGUUGCUGCGGGGCUGGAACAUCCCUCUAUUUGUGUUCACAGUGGGAUGCACUCUUGUCUACCUCCUCAACUUCGAAAACGCUCAUGUUUUGCAGCGGAAUGAAGGAUGUAGUCUACUAUCUGAAACUCAUUUCGUGCUCUAUAGCAAGCGUGUGGUAACUCCUGCAGGGAUCGGGCCAUAUGCAGUGGAAGUGGAGGGCGAGAGGAUUAUUUCUAUGACGAAGAGAAGUGAAGCACCUAAGAGCGCAGGAGGGAAACCUCGUGUAUUGGACUAUGGAAAUGCUGUCAUCAUGCCCGGACUUAUUGAUGCUCAUGUACAUAUUAAUGAGCCAGGCCGAACGGAAUGGGAAGGUUUCCUUACAGGCACAAUGGCUGCUGCUGCUGGUGGUACAACCACGAUAGUGGAUAUGCCUUUGAAUAACCAUCCCACUACCACAACAAAAGAGCAUUUGGAAGAGAAGAAAGAAGCUGCCAAAGGAAAACUUUAUGUGGAUACUGGUUUUUGGGGAGGCUUGGUUCCAGAGAAUGCUCACAAUGCAUCGGUCUUGGAGGACCUUUUUGAAGCUGGUGCUCUAGGCCUUAAGGCAUUCUUGUGUCCAUCAGGAAUCGAUGACUUUCCUGCUGUUACUGCUAAACAAAUAAAGGCUUCUUUACCAGUGCUCGCAAAAUAUAGACGUCCUGUUUUGGUGCAUCAGGAAGUGACGGACCCAUCUGCCGUUCCUUCUGACUUGAUGCCAGGGGAGCCACAAAGUAAUGCUCGGGAUUACAUGAGAUAUCUGAGCUCUAGGCCUUUAUCAUGGGAACGUGAAGGAGUAAGACAGUUAAUGGAGGUGGCAAAAGAUACGAAACCUGGUGGCGUGGCAGAGGGAGCUCAUGUGCAUGUUGUGCAUCUAACUGAUGCAGAGGAUUCCCUCGAUCAUGUCAAGGCAGCGAAGGCCGAGGGAUCCAGUGUGACUGUGGAGACAUGUCCACACUACCUUUCUUUUGCUGCAGAAGAUGUACCGGAAGGUGCCACGCAAUAUAAAUGUGCUCCGCCUUUGAGAGACGCUCGUCACCGAGAACUUCUGUGGAAAGCCUUGCUGAAUGGGGAUAUUGACAUGAUAACAACAGACCAUUCACCCUCUACUUUAGCUUUGAAGCUAUUAGAGGAAGGUGAUUUUCUGAAGGCUUGGGGAGGUAUUUCUGGCAUCCAGUUUUCAUUGCCAGCUACAUGGAGUCAUGGGCAUGCCCGAGGCAUGACUAUCGAGCAACUGUCCAAACGGUGGAGCACGGUGCCAGCCAAGAUGGUCAACCUUCCACGCAAGGGUUCACUUGAAUUUGGGAAGGAUGCUGACAUUGUUGUGUGGGAUCCCGAGGCAUCAUUUUUCAUCAAUAGCACGUAUCCCAUCUAUUUCAAGAAUAAGGUGGCGCCGUAUAUAGGCCACAGAUACUCAGGAAAGGUGAUCACUACGUUUGUUCGAGGACGACAAGUCUUUGAAGAAGGUCGGCAUGCCAAGAAACCUUGUGGCGCUAUGAUCAAUCCAGUUUUGAUUAUAGAAAGAAGUGGUAAUGAACUGCUGAAUUAGUGUGUUUGAACUAUCAGAUUUUCUAAUGGAAACAGGUCCACUCUGCACAGCAGACGAAUUGGUGGCUUACUCAGUUGUGACAUAUUAGUGAGAUUUUUGAGGGAUCUUCUCGCUGUUGUGGAAAUAACGGAAGGUUUAUAAUUCAAGAAAAUUGUAUACAUUGCAUAUGAGGUUGUUUUGGACGUUCUACCUUUUCAUAUCACUAGAAUUGUCCAGCUUUUAUGAGUGCCAAAUUAAUUUGAGUUUAGUA